UAUCGAUAUGCACCUGUAGAUAUUGUUACUACAUUCUAUUUAUUAAAUACUCACUUAGUCAUUAAUAUCAGUACUAUUCUGCUAUAUAUGAAGGAAGGUAGUAUCGUAGUUAACAUCGUAUAUUAAACAUCCUCAUAUACUAAAUCAGGAUCUUUAAGUAUGGUUCGAGACAGAAUCACAAUAAUUGCAAGCAAUAAUACGAUAGCAAAAACACGUUUCAGAUAUUUAUUACUUAUAUCCAUUCUCUGUAGUGGAAGCUUCUUCAUUCUUCUAAUGAAUUGUAAUAAAAACUUAUAUUUCAAUAAUGAAAUAUACUUAAAAGAUAAAGAACAAUUGGAUUACAAAAGACAUUUCACAAUUGAAACUGACGGCUGCGUUAUUCCUGGAAUGAAUGCAUACGAUGAGAGUAUCAAACAGUUUGUAGAGUAUCCUAAAACAUUAAAAAAAUGUAAAGAACACAACAUUUCUCUUAUAGAAAAUAAUCAAACGCAUAUCUGGAUAAAUAAAAACAUUAUGUCGGAAUAUAAUUACAGUCUUGAGGACGUCAAGUUAAUAUGUUGUUAUAGAGCAUUUUAUCGCCCGAACUUUGUAGAAGACGUCCAAUCAUCUCGAGUUGAUGACAGAAUAGAAUAUCAGGACUGUAUUAAUUUUUCUGAAGAAAUUGAAGUAAACGACGAAUUCGUAAGAGUCAAUUGUAGUCUUGGAGAACAAUUAAUUUAUGAUGACUUUUUUUUAUUUGCUCUUAAGAAAAAAAUUUUAAUUCAUGAUGAUAAAAAAGAAAUAUCAAGUAACAAAAUGACAUACAACAUUUUAAUAUUAGGAAUAGAUGCUGUUUCAAGGUUAAAUUUUUAUAGGACAAUGCCAAAAACAUUGGCCUAUUUAAAAACUAAAGGAGCAAUAGAUUUAGCUGGAUAUAAUAAAGUGGGCGAUAAUACAUUUCCGAACCUAAUUCCAAUGUUAUUAGGUUUGACACCUGAAGAACUAACAAAAACAUGUAUUCCAUACAAAAAAGCGACAUUUGACAAUUGCCCAUUUAUUUGGGAAUGGUAUAAGCAAGCUGGAUUUUACACAGCUUUUGGAGAAGACAGCUCGAGUUUAGGCACAUUUAACUACUUAAAGGUAGGAUUUAUAAAUACACCCACGGACUAUUAUAUACAUACAUUUAUAAAUGAAGCUGAAAAAAAAGCUGGCAAUAAUCACGACUUCAAUUCGUAUUUAUGUUUAAAUAACAAAUAUUUUUAUAAUGUACUUUUAAAUUAUAUUGAAAAUUUAACAAUUACUUUAAAAUCCUCGAGAUUAUUUGGCUUUUUUUGGGAAAUUACAAUGAGUCACGAUUAUUUGAACUAUCCGAUGAUAAUGGAUAAUGAUUACGUAGAAUUUUUUGAAAAACUCGAUAAAUCGGACUACUUAAAAGAUACCAUUUUAUUCCUAGUUAGUGAUCAUGGCAUACGAUGGGGCGGUAUAAGAUCAACAAAACAAGGACAUUUAGAAGAAAGAUUACCCUUUGUGUUCAUAUUAGUUCCACCAUCAUUUCGUGAAACGUAUACUGAAGCAUACAAUAAUAUUAUACUAAAUAGUAAACGACUUGCUACACCAUUUGAUAUACAUGCGACAUUAUUGGAUUUGAUGGACUUAGACAAUAUACAAAAUGAAAAAUUAAACUCUAGAAAGAAAACAUUUUAUGAACAAGAUAGAGGUAUUAGCCUAUUUAUGCCAAUACCUAGUAAUAGGACAUGUAAAAUGGCUGGUAUUACAGACCACUGGUGCACCUGUCAUCGAGACAAUAAUAUAGCAAAUAACAGUUCUGAAGCAGUGGAAGCAUCUACGCACCUAUUGAUAUACCUAAAUAAAAUGUUGUCAGAAUAUGAAAAAUGUGCUAAACUCAAACUUGUGGCAAUAGCAGAGGCAGCAGAAAUUAUUGCAAGUAAGUCUGAAGAUGAUAAGAUAGAGUCGCGAGAAAUCAUGACAAUAAUACGUACUGAGCCAGGUAAUGGAAUUUUUGAAGGUACUCUGCGUUAUGGUAAUGGAGAGUGGACAAUGACAGGCAGCGUAAGUCGUUUAAAUUUAUACGGUAAUCAAAGCUAUUGUGUGGAUGACAAUGUUAUUAAACUAUACUGUUAUUGUUUAAGUAACUAAAGAGACGUAAAAAGGUACUUAAGUUUACUAGUCAUGGUUAUUAAAACAUAGUUUUAAUUUCAGUGCUAAGUUUGUUACUAUCAUAGUUAUAAAAUAAAAUCAUUAUGUUAAAAAAAUAUGCUUGUAAUGGGAGCGAUUCUCAAUUGUCAUAUUUUUAAUUUUUCUUAACUGGUUAGCUAAGCUAGUAACAGUCUAAGAUCCCACCGCUGAAUUCUGAACUCUGUAUUAAACUUCUUAACGGAACUUCAUUUAAGAGCAUUCAUAACUAGCUUACCGAAGUGUGGUAACGUCGCAAUUAUCGGCCAGUUUUAAUUUUUUUUUUUUUACAACUUAGAAUGGCCAACAAGCUGACGGCCCACCUGAUGGAAAGUGGUAACCGUCGCCUAUAGACAUGAGCGGUACCGGUAUUUAUGAUAAUUAAUUAAAGAAUUCUAUGCUAGCGAACUAAAACAUUAAUCAUAAAAUCGAUAUAUUGUAUAUAAAUCUAUAACCAACCAUUAAAACCUUUCCACCUUCAUACUCCAUAUUUUGUUUCAAAAUUUUAUAAAAUAUAUUUUUCAUCAAAAUCCAAAUUUUUAGUAACCGCUUUAUAUGAUUUUUAUUGCAUAAUACAUUUCAUUAUAAAGUUUUGUAUAUACAUUCAAAAUUUUGUAGUGGGAUCUUAGGCUAUAAAUAAAUAUCACACAAAAUUGCUGAAAAUUUUUGGUGUAUUUAGUUUAGAUAAAACCGAAAUAUAAUAUAGCUUCGAUAUCUACAUAUUGGAUACAUAAUAAACAUGCGAUUCGAUAUAAAACAAAAGUUUUAUUACCCAUUAAUAUUUUUUAUAUAAUAGCAUAGAAUCCUACUGUUGAUAUCUGUGGGUAUUAAUUUUUAUUUUCCAUUUCUGUUAUAAAUAUUUCAAAAUAUGAUGCUUACCAUUCAUUGUUAUGCUGAAAAGCCUUGUUUUUAAGCUUGUUUUCAUUCAUUUAAAAAUAUAAAGGCAUAGAAUACGAACUAGGGUAUAGCAAUGAAAUCCACCACCAAAAAUUAAUUAUGCUGUAAGUAGUUAUGAUAAUGGCGGGCAAUUCUUAUCGCUAGGCAACUCAGCUGCAUUUCAUUAGGUACAUUUUCGCCCGAAACAUUCAAAUAACAGCAGUGGGGUACAUAUUUUUUUAAUGGGUAUAAAAUAAAUAGUAAUUUUGCCUACUCUAUCGAUAUACACUGGUGAGGUGAGGUUAGUUAGUCCCUGGUGAUAAAUUCCAAGGAAUUAGGCAACCAUAGUGUUUUUCAGGAGGAACCACGUAAAGUUCAAUAUGAUAAGAUAUAUUGUAACAAUGGAACUGUUAGACCUCAUUACUAACAGUAAACUUCCCCCCCCCCCCCCGCUGGGGGUAGGUAUUAAGUUAUAAGAAGAAGUUAAAAUAUUAAGAAGAAUAAGUCUAUAUUUAAUUGUUAUUAUAUUGUAUUGUAUUUAAUGUUUGUUAAUGCAAUAUGCUGUUAGUGUUUCUAUAAAUAAAUAUUAUUAUAAGUCCAGCAGUGGAUAGAUAAUGGCUGAUUUGAUGAUAAUAAUACUUAAGUGGCAAAUAAAUAAAGUGGUUGUCUGGAAAAGAUUAUUUAGCAAUAAGAUUACCUUAUUCUAAAAUCGUCCAGCAAUUUAUAUAAUAUUGGUACAAUAAACUGUGAAUAUAAUAAUUGAAUAAAUAAAGUUAAAUUUAUUAAAUUAAAUGUUUGUUAUAUAUGUUAUAAUGCAAUAAGCUGUUGGUGUUCCUUUAAAUAAAUAAAUAAAUGCGUUUUAUUUCAUAA